CGGAGCCGGGCGGCGGGCGCGGAGUCGGAGCCGGCAGGGAGCAGCACCAAACAGCGGCAGCAAACAGCGGCGCACGGCGUCGGUAAAGGUCGGCUCUGGCGCGGCGCCUCAUCCACCCCCUCGUGAGCCUGGGGAACCUGCAGCUUAAAGCCGCCGCCAGCCACAGCACCAUGUACCCCGGCAACAAGCGGAAAAAGCUCUGGCGGGAGGAGAAAGAGCGUUUGCUGAAGAUGACCUUGGAAGAAAGACGUAAAGAGUACUCAAGGGAAUAUGUUGCGUUGAAAAGUAUUCCAACGUGGAUGGAAGACUUAAAAAGUAAGAGUGAAAGUGAUGGUGAAAAUACUAAAGAAGAUCUGCAAGGGAAGAAGAGUCUGAGUGACAAAGUUUCUCUCUACAGAGGCGACAUUACACUGCUUGAGGUUGAUGCCAUUGUGAAUGCUGCUAAUUCCAGCCUUCUUGGAGGUGGAGGAGUGGAUGGCUGCAUCCACAGGGCUGCCGGGCCCUGCUUAGUUGCUGAAUGUCGCAACCUGAGUGGCUGUGAGACUGGACAAGCGAAAAUUACCUGUGGAUAUGAGCUACCUGCAAAAUAUGUGAUCCAUACUGUUGGACCGAUUGCAAGAGGCCAUCUCACUGAUACUCAUAAAGAAAACUUGGCAAGUUGCUAUAAAUCCUCUCUGAAACUGGCAAAAGAAAACAACAUCAAAUCAAUUGCAUUUCCCUGUAUUUCAACAGGAAUUUAUGGUUUUCCAAAUGAGCCUGCUGCUGUCAUUGCCCUUAACACUAUAAAGGAAUGGUUAAGCAAGAAUCACAAUGAGGUGGAUCGCAUCAUCUUCUGUGUCUUUUUGGAGAUUGACUACAAAAUUUUCAAGAAGAAAAUGGGCGAGUUUUUCCCCUUAGAUUAUGAUAGUGAAAGAGGGACUGAGAUGGUUGAAGAGACAGAAGGAUUGGAACCGAAACACCAGCCUCCAUCUCCCGCAAAGAGCAAAGCAGAGCAGCCUGAGGACCUGCAAGAUGAUGCUGAAGCAGGCAUUAAUGACACAGAGGAGAAGCAAAACACUGAAGAACCCAAGACCCAGAGCCAAGAAUCAGAGGAGACAAAACCUUCUGCUGUAGCCAGCCAAUCGUCGUCGGAAGAAACAGAGCUGGGUGAGGGUAAAGACUCCCUGAAAGACUCCGAGAGUGCACAGGAGAGUGACCUGGUGCCUCCUAUGGGAUGUGAACAAGAGCAAGCCAAAGGACAGCAGGAUGUUUCUGCAGAAGAGGAGAUGAAAACUGGGGCAGAUUUUCAAAGCUCCUGCAUGGAAAGAGAAGAGCCAUUGCUGAAGCAAGAGGACCCAACAGAAGUUGAAAUGCCUUUGAUUCAUGGUGCAGAGGAAAAAGAAGAUGAAGGAAAAAAAGGCGGAGGAGGAGGGAUGCAAGGGAUAGAGGAAACUUCUGCAGAUCCUAUGGAAGUUGACCUUGCAUGUGAAGCAGCAGAUGUUUCAAAUAAGGAUGCUGAAAUGAAUAGUCAAGUUGAAAGUAUAAAUGAUCCUAAGGAAACAGAGCGGGAAGCUUAAGUAGCAGCAAAGGAAGGAUGCAGAGAGGAAAGACCUGAGGACCUGAUGAACAGGCACUGACAUCCUACGACAUCAUUCUUGGCAGAAAAGAGCACACAAAUAUGCUCCAUGGGUUGGGAGGGAGGGAGCUUUGGGGAAAUGACUCUUUGCUUUGAUUUCUUUGUUCUUCAUUGCAUUUUGUUCUGUAAGCCUGUUGGAAAGAAACAUAACUUCCCAGUUCUAACAAUGUUUUGCAAUUAUUCCUGCAAUUACAACAGUUUCUUCUGAACUGUGAGUCCCUGUCUUAUAUUGGGUCUCUUUUCCUUCUGCAUCAUAUCAUCAGUGGCUUGUUUCCAGGCCCACCCCUUUUCUAGCAUCUUUAUCUUCCUUCCCAGUUAUGGUAAUGCCUGCGGGCAACCUAUGGGAGACAGUUUAUUCUCCUCCCAACCCCUCCUCCUUUUUUUUUUGAAACAGUUCCCUAGGAUAUAAAUGGAGAGUUUCUUCAGGAAUGUGAACUGCCACAAAGGAUGAUAACCCCCACACACUGAUAAACACCACCCUCCUUGUGCCAGGGAUUUGAAAGACUAGAUGCUCCACAAUCUCAGAAAUACUGAUAGAGACAACCCUGCAUGUUGUCCACCUUCAGGCAUGCUGAUCAGCUGCUCCUGCCAGUGCCCACCAGCAGGCUAUCAUCACCACCUGGCUGGUGGUGUCUGGAUUCCUUCAUGUCCAUGCUGGAAGUAGAGCUUGCACAUUAAUUCUGUCAUCACAAAGCUUCGGUGGCCCUCCCCUUCACAUUUCUCUCUGGCAUGGCAAAUCACAAAAUCACAGAACAUUAGGAGUUGCAAGAGACCUUGAAAGAUCAUAGGGUCCAACCUUUCUGCCAG